AUGUUUUCAAACUCAAUUAGAAAUAAAGAAAACUUUCAUCCUAAGAUUGCCAUUCUAGGCUCUCCAAACGUAGGAAAAACCGCCCUCACGAUACAAUAUGCUGAAUCAAGAUUUUUAGAAUCUUAUUAUCCAUCUAUUCAAAAUGAGUUUACCAAAAUUAUACGAUUUGAUAAUGAGGGAAAUUGUUCAAAUGAUGGAGUAUAUGAACUUGAAAGUACUUCUACAGGAAUAGGAAAUACAGGAUUAGGAAGAAAUGAUAACACGAUUGGUACGAUUCCAAACAAUAUAUCUAAUACUAGUGGAAUAGGCCAAUCUUCUAAUAGUAAUAAUAUCCUAAUGGAAAAUUUAUCAAAUUCAUAUCAUGAAGGACAAUUAGUGCAAAUUAUUGAUUUGGGGGGUAUUACCAGUGACUCAUUUAUAAAUUUAAAGAAUUUAGUGGAUAUUAAUGGUAUAAUGCUAGUUUAUAAUGUAAUAAACAGGUCAAGUUUUGAAUCUAUUAAACUAAUUUGGAAUAAACUACUGGAUCAAUCUGGUAUUAUUGAAUUAUUAUACAAACUUCAAAAAUCAUAUAGUGAAAGUAAGGUAAAGUUUAAACCCAUUAUAUUACCUGUAGUUAUUGUUGGGAAUAAGAUAGAUCUAAGAGAUAUUCCAAAUGAUAAGAACAUAAGAGACACUAAAGUUACGUUUAAAGAAGGACAAGCAAUUACUAAGCUAUUAUGCGAAUCCCUAAACAAAAGAAUUGCAAAAGAGAUAGAAAAAGGAAAUAAAUCAAAAAGUACAUCAAAAACCAAAAAUACAAUCAAUUUACCCAUUCAGUUAGAUGUAGGCUUUAUAGAAACUAGUGCAAAAUUAAACAUUAAUGUUAACGAGUCCUUUAGUCUAAUCUUAAAGAAAAUUUAUAAGAAUUUUAAUAAGAAUGAUGCUGCAAGCAAUUUAAUCAAUAACGACAAGAUGUAUAAAUAUGGUUUUAAUUUUAAUUUCAAUGAAUAUAAUUUCAACCUACCAAACAAAAAUGAUGACGAGAAUAACUUUGUCAAUAACGAAAAUGAAGAAAGCUGUAAUAUUAUGUGA